AGUGGCGCGGGUGGCGCGGGCGGACCGGCGCCAUGGCGGGCCCCCGCGGGGCGCUGAUCGUGCUGGAGGGCGUGGACCGCGCGGGCAAGAGCACGCAGGGCCGAAAGCUGGUGUCCGCGCUGUGCGCCGCGGGUCACCGGGCCGAGCUGCUGCGCUUCCCUGAAAGAUCAACUGAAAUUGGCAAACUUCUGAGUUCCUACCUGGAAAGAAAAAGUGACCUGGAGGAUCACUCCGUGCACCUGCUUUUCUCCGCGAACCGCUGGGAGCAAGUGCCAUUGAUGAAAGAGAAGUUGAGCCAAGGUGUGACUCUUGUUGUGGACAGAUAUGCGUUUUCUGGUGUUGCCUUUACGAGUGCCAAGGAGAACUUUUCCUUGGAUUGGUGCAAGCAGCCGGAUGUGGGCCUUCCCAAACCUGACCUGAUCCUGUUCCUUCAGUUACAACUGGGGGAGGCUGCAACCAGGGGGGAGUUUGGCCGCGAGCGGUACGAGAACGGGGCUGCCCAGGAGCGGGCGCUGCAGUGUUUCCAGCAGCUCAUGAGAGACACGACCUUGAACUGGAAGGUGGUUGAUGCUUCCAAAAGCAUUGAGGACAUCCAUCAGGAAAUCUGCGCGCUCUCUGAGGAUGCCAUCCUCAGAGCCGUGCAGAGGCCACUUGGGGAGCUGUGGAAAUAAGCAAGCUCCAGCGCCACGUCCUGCAGUCCCUCCCAAGGCGAGAAGACACUCUUCACCUUUGAGCCCCCUCUGCCACCUAGCUGGCAUGCAAGCCAAGGAAAGCCCUCUUCCACGCCUCCAACCUGAAGCUGACGUCAGUGGCUGAGCCAUUUCACUGAGAUCAUACAUCACUGGAAAUUACCAGUUAGUUGGACUUCUUGUUUCCUACUAAUAAAAACUGAACUGAAAAUGU